GAGCCAAAUCAGUCGCACUGAACAGUCCAAGCAGCCAACAACAUUUGCAAUGAAGUCUAUCGUGUUCUUAACUUUGCUCGUUGUCGUGACUAUGGCAAUAGCUCAACCUGUGGUCAAGGAGACAUUUGAGGUAAAGGAGAAAGCCGUUAGCCUAGCUGACUUGGAGGAGGAGCAGCCUGCAGCACCUGUUGACCAUCAACGCUAUAAGCGUGCCACCUGCGAUCUGCUCAGCUUCUUGAAUGUGAGCCAUGCUGCCUGCACGGCACACUGCUUACUCAAGCGCUUCAAGGGCGGCUAUUGCAAUAGCAAAGCAGUUUGCGUUUGUCGCAAUUGAAUUGUUAAGCUCUACCCAAAUAAAUGAUUAAUCAA